AUGCCUUUCGGAAUCAUCAACGCGGAGCUGAAGGAUGGCGGGCAGAUACCGGGCACAGAGAUGCUCAUUGGCGGCAGUCGUGCGGGUGGCGUAGAAACAAUCCUCAUUCCUCAACCAUCAAAGAGCGAUUUGAACGAUCCCUUGCUCUGGCCACGAUGGCAGAAAGAAGCGGCGUUCUACGUAAUUUUCGUCAACGCGAUCGUCUUCGCUAUCCUGCCCGGACCCAUCAUAGCCCCAGCCACCUUCGCACUCGCGCCGAUACUGGGCGUCACCUUGACAGAAGUCGCUGAGCUCUCAGGCUACCAGCUCCUGCUUGUCGCCGCUUUAGGACCCCUGGUCUCAGUCCUCGCCCAAAAGUAUGGAAAACGCCCGCAAUUCCUCUUCGCAGCCGCGACAGGCACAUUGGGAACCAUCGUAUGCAUCAUCGGCUCCCAACAGAACAACUACCACACCCUCCUCGCCGGCCGGUUGGUCCAGGGCCUCGGAGUGACAGCCUGGGAGAGCUUGUCCUUGGCCGCCGUCGGGGACAUGUUCUACCUGCAUGAACGCGGGUGGCGCACCGCGUUGAUUGUCUGUUCGCUGGCUUGUAUGGCGUCGAUGGUCUCCAUCAUCAGCGGCGUCAUGUUUGAAAAUCAUGGGUAUCAAAAUCUGUUCGUAGCAGAGCUGCCGUUCGAUGUUGUCGGCCUCCUGGCAACCAUCUUCCUCCUACCAGAAACCCAGUUCAUCCGAGCAGCACCGCAACCAGCAGACACCACGCAGGCCCAAACCAGCCCCAACGGGACCGAGAAGGAAAAGAGCUGGGACCACCAGGCCGAGGCGGUCCAACCCCCGAGCCCAGCCCAGCGGCUCCCAAGACGGUCCUACGCGCAGACCCUCGCGCCCUGGGAGCGAACGGGCUACACGACAAAGUCCAUCCCGCACCUCCUCUCGGAGAUCUUCGUCCACCUCAUCAACCCGGCCGUCUUCUGGAUCCUGAUGGUGAGCGCCGUGCUCGUCGCCUUCUUCGUCGUCUCGGCCUACAUCCUCUCGCAGAUAUGGUCCGUCCCCCCGUACAGCCUCAACGUCGCGCAGAACGGCUACUUCUGGGCGGGCGCCUUCGCCGGCGGCGUGCUCGCCGUCGGGGUGGGCCCCCUGUGCGACUGGUCCGCCCGCACGCUCGCGCGCGCCAACCAUGGGGUGUACGAGGCCGAGUUCCGCAUCCCCGUCAACAUCCUCGGCGCGCUCUUCUGCGGCCUGGGCUGGUUCCUGUUCAUGUGGGUCGUCGAGAACCCGCGGCCCGAUGGAUACUUCCUGGGCGCCUUCUGUCAUGGCUGCGCUUGCUUUGGGAUUUCUGUCCCGUCCACCUCGGCUGGCUUGUAUAUCCUGGACUCUUUUCCUCGACAGUCAACGGAAGUAUUCGUGCUGCAGAUGAUGCUGAAGAACUUCCUGUUCUAUGCAUUCUCGACAUUCAUCAACACCUGGGCUGGCGAGGCCGGUGGUGGCGAGGUGUUCAGAGUCUUCGGCAUCGUCUCGCUUGUGCUGAUUGCCCUCUGUAUCCCGAUGUACAUUUUCGGCAAGGUGAACCGGAAGCUGAUGUACAACUUGUACACCCGCAGCAGCUUAUUGAAGUCUCUUGGGUGA